AUGGCGACGCGCUAUGCGGCCUAUACGGCUGGUCGCCAGCAUCAGUUGCCCGCCUCGGGGGCACUGAGUGGCGUUGGAGACGAGUCCAAUCCAGAGCAGGAGGCGCUCGAGGCCAAGCUGCACGCGGCUCGCAGCCUUCAAUGUGAUGUUGUGACACCGCAGCUGGCAGUACUCCUGGCUCAGGAACUUCUCGUCGAUCUUGAGCCCGUCAAACCUCCCGUCACCACCAAGCAGAAGCCUCCCUCCGCAGCAGCAGCCUCCCCGCGCCCUUCACGCCGUGCUUCUCGUGCCCAGCUCCCCCCGCGUCCGCCUGCCGUCAAUCUGCCCUCCCGUCACACGCUCACCAGCAUUGCAACGUUAUUUGACAUCCCCGCCACGGGCCAGUCCUGGCUUGCCCUGGCCCUUCGGAUUCGUGACGAGUGCGCCCGACGCCGUGGGCCAGCUGCAAGCGAACGCCUACUGCGCCAAUUGCAUCGCUACGAGCUUCACCGCUGUUUGCACCUUCUCCAGCUCGCCAUGACCAUUUUCAUAUCUCGCCACCACCAGCUUGCACAACGCCAGAAACAUGAGCAAGCCAUGGCCGCCGCACACCACCUCACGCCUACGACUCCGCGACUCCGUCGGCGCAGCCUCUUGGGCAUCAACCGCGAUCGCA